GUCUUCAACAACAAAAUCCACAAAAAGUUCGGACCAAUUUAUCAGCUGUGUAGCCGUGGAAUCAAUGGCAAUGGGAAUUUGGUCGGCUUCCUCACUUGUCUCCGCCUUGAUUUUAAGGUCCAUCUCAAGAAACCCCAGAUCACUCUGUUCCCAAGCUGAACCCCCCACCAAGCCCGUCUUAGACUCCGAUUCUCCUCCACAGAAUCUCUACUCAAGCUCAGAUGUGCCCAAUGAAACUUCCCCAGAACCCCAUUUGCCCGAAAUCGCAAUUCCAGGAUGUAAAGAUAGUGUCUCGACGCAAGCUGACGUGAUAAGCAGCCUUCUCAGUCGUAGAAACGACCCCGAUUCAGCUCUGCAAUACUUCAAGUGGGCGGAGAGGAGACGCGGGCUUGUAAGAAGCAUCGAUUCGAUGUGCAUUCUGCUUCACAUUCUGACAAAAGAGCCCCGGACUCGUCGUCAGGCACAGUAUCUGCUCAAUCAGUUCGCUUCUGGUGAUUCAGGUCCGACUCCCUGUACUGUAGUUGAUCAUUUGGUGCAGUGUCCGGAAAGUUUCAGUCUUGAACGAGAUUCCCUGGUUUUCGAUUACUUGUUGAAUAGUUAUGUUAGAGCUGGAAGGCUGGAUGGAGCCGUUGAUUGUCUUAAUUCAAUGGUCGGUCAUGGUGUUUUCCCCUCAGUGCCGUUUGUGAACAUAGUCUUGAGUGAAUUGGUUAAAAGUGGCAUGAUUCGUGAGGCACACAAUGCCUACUAUAAAAUGGUUGCUAAUGGCAUGGAAGGGGACGGUGUGACGGUUAAAGUUAUGAUGCGUGGCUGCUUGAAGGAAGGUAGAGAUGUGGAAGCUAUGGAGUUUUUUGUGAAGGCGAAAGAGAAGGGGAUUGGGCUUGAUGCUGUGGCAUACAGCAUUUGCAUUCAGGCUGUUUGCAGGAAGCCUGAUGUGAAGUUGGCGUGCGAGUUGUUGAGUGAGAUGAAAACAAGGAUGGGUUCCAUCUGA